GGGAUGCGGAGGGCAUUGAUGUCGCUGUGCAGACUUUUUCUGCCGGACGCUGGCUUGAGGAGAUAUGCCAAUGCUCUGUGUGUUGUGGUUGCGACCAAUCUACUCACAGCUCUCGUAUUCUACCAGCACGGCGGCGGAGAACGUACCACACCCCUACUCCAGCAGCAGGAACUGUACUCAGCUGUACAAUCUCAACAGACCUGACUACUCUUUCCUCUACCGGGCCUCCUCCUCUCCUCCCUCCCCCUCUCUCCCAGCAGUCUUUGUCAUCACACCCACACACACCUGCACGACACAAAAAGUCGAUCUGACCUCACUCUGCCAAACCCUCUCCCUCGUACCUAAACUCACCUGGAUUGUCGUCGAAGACUCGAGAACUAAGACCAAACUUGUGUCCCACCUCCUAUCCAAAUGUAUGGUGGAGAGCGUACAUCUGAGCGUUGCUACUUCGACAAAGUAUAAGAGCAGUUUGCCCUGGCCGCUGUAUAGGAUGUUUGGUACAGUGAGAGGUGUUGAACAGAGGAAUGCCGGACUGCGUUGGCUGAGGGAAAAUUACCAUCCGAAAAAUUCCAGUGGAGUCGUGUAUUUCAUUGACGACGAUAACAAGAUCGAUGUCCGUCUUUUUUCUGAAAUCCGGAAGACGAAGGAGGUGUCGGUGUUUAAUGUGGGGUUUGCAGGGGGCGUGUACUACGAGGGACCUGUGUGUGGUGAGGAUGGGAGAGUGCGAGAAUGGCACAGCCCCUCCGCAGAAUGGAGGUAUGGUAUGGAUAAAGCUGUUCCGGACUUAUAUGCAGUUUUUAAAAUAAACAUCGUCUGUAAUUUAGCCCAACUGAAACGUGGUACAUGAAGUAACAGUUUGCCCAUUGAAGCAGUGCGGCUAAAAGUUCUCUGUCUUCCUCUCUUUUUAUAUAGCAUUUGGGCGUCGAGUCGGAAGAUCCCGAUUGAUAUGGCCGGAUUUGCUGUCAAUCUUCACCUAAUCCUCGCCAGACCGGAGGUGUUGAUAGGGAGAGAUGUUCGCGGAGCUGACUCGAGGGUCGGUCAACUUGAGACCGACCUUCUCGAACACUUUACGACACGAGAGAGACUAGAGUGCCGGGGCUCAAAUUCUGAGGUGAAUAUUUGGGACCUCGAAGUGGGUCCUUGAUUGAGAGACCUAUUGUGUCUUUAUUCAAAGUGUCUUUUAUCGCAAGUUUUAUCACACAAUUAUGUCUUCACUUAUUUCCAGGUUUUGGUGUGGCACACAAAGACAGCAGAUCCUAAUCUAAAGCACGAGUUUCACUAUCCUUCGGACAGAGCUUCAGUGGCAGUAUAGCUAG